AUGGCGAAGCACUCGACGGGGUUGAUUUCAGUUCGCAAUAAAUGGCCAUUAAUAAUUCUUCUAUGCAUCACACUCUCCUCUGCAAUUGCUUUCUUCAUCAGAGCUUCGUUCGAUGGAUCCUGCAAUUCCCAACGUUUCAUGGACGAUACCAAUCAAUUCCACUCAAAAAUUGCAGAAACUGAAAAUCCACUCACUUUCAUGAAAUCAAAGCUAGUACUUUUGGUUUCACACGAGCUUUCUCUCUCCGGUGGACCAUUGUUGUUAAUGGAGCUUGCUUUUCUUCUAAGAGGUGUUGGCACAGAAGUUGUUUGGAUUACCAAUCAGAAACCUAAUGAACCAGAUGAAUUGAUUUACAGUUUGGAACAGAAGAUGAAGGACAGAGGAGUACAGCUUUUCACGGCAAAGGGUCAGGAAGCUGUUGAUAUCACACUUAAAGCUGAUCUAGUCAUUUUAAACACUGCAGUUGCUGGGAAGUGGUUGGAUGCUGUCCUAAAGGAAAGUGUGCCUCAUGUACUACCAAAGGUGUUGUGGUGGAUUCAUGAAAUGCGAGGGCAUUACUUUAAACUGGAGUAUGUUAAGCACCUCCCUUUUGUUGCAGGUGCCAUGAUUGAUUCCCACACAACUGCAGAAUACUGGAAGAACCGGACUAGUGCGCGUCUAGGGAUUAAAAUGCCUGAGACCUAUGUUGUGCACCUUGGAAACAGCAAAGACUUGAUGGAAGUAGCUGAAGACAGUGUGGCAAGAAGGGUUCUCAGAGAACAUAUUAGGGAAUCACUUGGAGUGCGGAAAGAAGAUCUUCUCUUUGCCAUUAUCAAUAGUGUUUCACGUGGGAAAGGUCAGGAUCUAUUUCUUAGGUCUUUCUAUGAAAGUCUGCAACUUGUCCAAGAGAAGAAACUGCAAGUGCCAUCUAUGCAUGCAGUUAUAGUGGGAAGUGACAUUAAUGCACAGACUAAAUUCGAAAUAGAACUGCGCAACUUUGUGGCAGAGAAGAAAAUUCAGGAUUGUGUUCACUUUGUUAACAGGACCCUGAAUGUCACUCCUUAUCUGGCCUCUAUCGAUAUUCUUGUUCAGAAUUCUCAGGCACGGGGAGAGUGUUUUGGGAGAAUUACCAUUGAAGCUAUGGCUUUUCAGCUGCCCGUAUUGGGCACUGCAGCUGGAGGUACUACGGAGAUUGCUGUAAAUGGGAACACCGGGUGGUUGCAUCCAGCCGGGAAAGAGGGUGUAACACCACUUGCACAGAACAUCGUCCGACUAACUACAGAUGUCGAGACGAGGCUGAAAAUGGGGAAACAAGGUUCUGCAAGAGUCAGAGAAAUGUUUCUUGAACAACACAUGUCACACAGAAUUUCCUUGGUCUUGAAGGAGGUUUUGCAAAUGGCCAAGAAAAAUGCUAAAGGCUUGAAGUAA